AUGAUUUAUUAUAUUCUUCAUGAUUUUUAUCUUGAUACAGACGUUGGUCAUAUAUUUAUCGGCGAUAAUACGAUACCUGCCAUUUUCCAUGCUCCUCUGCCGGAACCAAGUGAUGACAGCAACAUCUUGGAAUCGCGCUUCAAUCUGAUAAGUCUGUCUUUUGGUAGUUAUGUAGACGGAAUCGACUACGACCCAGAGAAUAGAUUGAUAUACUGGAACGAUUACUACUAUGAUCAAAUAUGUCGAAUUUCCAUUGAUGGAGAGAGUCCCCAAGAAACCGUUAUAACCACAGGCCAACCUACAUCCAUCGCUCUUGAUCUUCGGAAUGGAAAAAUCUACUGGGCUGGGUACAAUCAGGGCGGUGCUAUCUCAUCUGCCAAUCUAGACGGUAGCUCCGUUAAUCGAAUCUACACGUAUGACGCAACUGUGCAGCCUACUUUUACAUUGUUCGAUCCCUUCUCUGAGUACCUCUUCUGGACAACACGCGCUGGUGAAGCAGAAAUUGCGAAAGUACAUCCAAAUUCUGGUGACAAGGAGGUUGUAAAACCCAUUAAAGCAGAGCCAAUGGGACUAGAGCGAUGUGCGGAUGAUACCACCCGCCUGUUUUACUACACGAACUUCACUAGAUUGGGCGUAAUGAAUGCUGACGGGAGCGCGGAUCGGACAAUCGAGGUAUUCUCCACCCAAUAUUAUGGCUACUCACCGAUCAGCAAGCAUGGGAGCAAGUUAUUCUGGCUGGGAGUGAGUUUAGAAGAUGUAGGAGUAGGCAUAUACGAGUACGAUCUAAAGUUUUCUUCUUUCAGGCUCCUCAACAAGACAGUGACAAUGAAUGACGGCAGCCAGCGUACCAUCUCCUAUCCAAGCACAAUAAGGAUUAUUUCAAAUGUUCUGUAUGACGAACCAGUUGCCAUAGAAGGAUGUCCUGAGAACAUCGAAGUUGAGAUUGACGACAACGCCACCAACACUGUCAACACAUUGCCAGUCUACUGGGCUGAACCCGUUUUAAACAGUUUGUCCAGCUGUCCCAGAAUGGACUUCCUAGGACCAGGAUCGAAUGGCGGGCAUUACCCUGUUGGCGCAACUCAGGUGUCUUACCAAGCCACAGAUGCUGCAGGAAACAGCGACACAUGCACAUUUACAGUGACGGUUCGAAAAGCCUCUGGUAGGUCUCACCUCCCAUAUCCCCAUCAAUACCAUUUUUCUGUUGGUGUUAUAACAAUUGCCAUUAACCUCAUAUAA